AUGUUUAGGUCUAAGAAGCUGACGGGAACAGUGUUCAAUCACAUGGCGUUGACGAUGUCAGGCGGUUAUAAAGCCCAAUCAGUGGACUGUCAUGAUCGCGAUACCCAGAGGCGAUAUGCGGGAUAUCUUUGGCUCGAGAUCUCACUUACGCACCGCUUGAACGAAAAGCUGAAAACCCGGUGGUUACUCGAAAACGAGCAUCAGCUUCACCAAGCUCUGAUAUGUUGCCGUGUAACUGGACCGGCCCUAGAAGAUGCACCUUGCUUCAGCAAUAGUUUUGCAGGGAUAUACAACUUCCACGGAGUCAGGGCACGAAUCCAGCUUCUACGCCAGCGACUAGAAAAGGAGCAAGAGCUCAUUGACGAGACCAUGCAACAGCGGAAAGCCGUGAGAUACAGAAGAAGCAUAAGGUUUUGCCAUAUGUGCAUUGGUUCGGCUGAAGGUCUGGUCAAUAUGUCAUGUGGCCAUCGAAUCUGUUGUCUAUGUAUGUCCAGUCUCCCAUGUCAGGCUGACAGGUCCAGCCAGGCACCGCUGUAUGAAUGUGGUUUGUGCUGGAAAACAGCAUGUGCUGUCACAAGCCAUUGGGAGCAAAUCUUAAAUCCAGCAUAG